AUGACAGAAAAAGUAAUCGAAGUCAAACACGUUAGCAAAAGAUACGGCAACAAAACCGUUUUAAAUAAUGUUUCCUUUUCCGUCCGUAAAGGAACUAUUCAUGGAUUUAUUGGUCCCAAUGGAGCGGGCAAAACCACUACUCUCAGUAUUUUAACUCGUUUAGUCUUACCAACUCAUGGUGAGGCUUAUGUUGAUAGCAAAUCAGUUAACCGUGACCCUAGUUUUAAUCAACGACUAGGUUUUAUUCCGGCUGAACCGAAAUUUCCUAGCCUUAGUGUUGAGGAUUACUUAUUGGAUUGCGGCUAUUUACGGGAUAUUCCUAAAGGGGAAGUGCUGAGAAACCUUUACCGCCCGAGAAUAUACUUGUUGGAUGAGCCUUUUAAUGGUUUAGACCCUAGUUUUCGCCAGGACUUAUUUAACAACUUGAAAACAAUUCGUGACAAAGGCGGAACCAUUUUAAUGUCGACCCACAUUCUUUCUGACCUACAAAAAUUAGCCGAUGAUAUUACCAUGAUUAAAAGAGGAAGAAUUGUUUAUAGUGGGGCGAAAACACCCGAUAUUGAAAAAACUUAUGAAGAUUACUUUAUUGAAAAAGAGGUGGCACGCGAACUCUUACAAGACCAAGUAGGAGGAGUGAUAGACCGAAAAGAAAUUCGUAACCUUCUUGAAGAUGAAGAACAAUGA